CAGUCGGAGCGGAAUCGGAAGUUCACGCAUGCAUUAGAGUCGGUAGUAAGCAUGGUGGAGUAGGAGGAGGCCUCUGGAAACGAAGUUAAGGUCUGUUUAAAUACAAAAUCUCCAUAAAAUAUGAAAAUUGUAGGCAAAGUAUAUUUGUGCUUCGUCCACCAAACUCCUUUAUUUAUUGGUUUGAGUCUAGGAAUAGCAUUAUCUCUCGUACUGAUCCCUUUAAUGGAGGAUAAUUGUAUAUUCCACGAGCAACAGAAUUCACCAAUUUCUCACGAAGAUUACGAGCCAAUUAUAAAUCUUCAGAUCAGACCUGUUCAGAGGACGAAAACGCGAUUGGUCAGACCCAGAUAUUACUCGACGGAGUUAGGAAUCAAAGAGAAGCUUUUAAUUGCCAUUGUGGUCAAUUCCUCUUCCACGUCUGUACCCAAACUGGAGAAGAAUCUCGUGGCCGUCAAUCGCACCCUCUCCACUCACGCCGACAAGUUGGUGUACUUUGUGGACUCCGCCGGGCCCCCGGCUGGCCUUCCCGCCGUGGUCGGGUUUGACGAUCCCCGUCCGAAUCUCCUGCCCCUGCACGUGCUGCAGUACCUGAACGACAACUACCUUAACGAUUACGACUAUUACUUUGUGGCCGAACACACCACCUUUGUGGUCGGAGCAGCUCUACGGCGCUACGUCGACCGUCUGGGAGUGGACCGGGAGGCGUACGUGGGUCUCCGCUCCGGUCUGGAAGAUGCUCCCUGGUGUUCUUUCAAAGCUGGCAUCCUGCUAAGUAACAAGGUGUUGAGGGGAGUUACGGACAAACUGAAAUGGUGCGUGGAUAACUGGACGGACGACGGAGAUGGCUUCGGAAAGUGUGUCUACCACGUUCUUGACCUGCCUUGCUCUGAUGGAGUGCAGGGGAGAAGAUUUUACUCCUACAAAAUUAAUAAUUUUGAUGACGAAAUACCUUGGAGGAGUAAAAAUUCUAUUUUUUCAACCGAAGUUCACACGCUGUACCCGAUAGAAUCCUGGAUACAGCAUUAUCAGCUAAAUUAUUAUUUUUCUAAAAACGAUGUGAUGACAUACAAGAGUAAUAUUAAGUCUCUCCAGAAGAAAAUGCAAGAGAUUAGUCGCUUCUUUCCUGAUGGAAACCAAAGUCUUUCUUGGCCUAUUGACAUUGAAUCUCCAUUCAAGCCGAACAGCCGGUUUGACGUGAUACAGUGGACCCACUUCAACGAUACUCACCUGUUCUUGCCCAACGAGUUGACAACACUGUCGAGAAUCUCAGGCAUUGAAAAAUUAGAUUUGAAGCAUGUGCGGAAUCUCUGCAAGAACUGGCUUGCCAGCAGUUGUGGUAAGUGCACCUUUGAAAGAAUACUUCGUGGAUAUCGCAAGUUUGAUCCCAUUCGUGGCAUGGAGUGCAUAGUUGAUCUCAUUUAUAAGAACGAGGAAACACAACAAAGCACAACAAAGUACCUACAGAUCAUUCGGCCAUUAACAAAACUAGAAAUUACACCCAUUCCCUUUGUGACUGAACACACUAGAAUCAUUCUCGUACUCAUUAUCAAAUCCAGCAAUCAAGUGAAAGCUAUAAAAUUUCUAGAAAAUUAUUCCAAAUCUUGCCUGGAUAAGCAAGACAACACUGUCUUGUUACUUGUGUUCCUAUAUAAUCCUAACGAGCCUGGUAAAGGAACAAAAAAUGAUGUGUUUGGUAGCUUUAAGAGUUUGGUGAAUAAGUACACUACAAAAUACAGAACCACGGGUGCAAAAAUUGCAUGGUUAAGUAUUAAAACUGUUGGUAGAAUACCGUCAGAAUUUUAUAUCUAUGAUCUGAUCGUGAGGAAAGUGCAGCCGGAGACGAUGGUGCUACAGUGGCAAACCAAUAUCGAAAUUCACUCGGAAUAUCUGAAUCGUGUCCGCAUGAAUACAAUAAUUAAUCACCAAGUAUUUUUUCCCAUUCCUUUUGUUCAGUAUCAUCCAAAAAUUGUAUACAAAGGUAGCGUUCCUCCAGAAUACAUAGAAGUCAAGAAAGAUUAUGGACACUUUGAUCUUAAUGAUUACGACCACAUGAGUUUCUAUGUGCAGGAUUAUCUGGUGGCUCGGAAAACCAUAGAGGAUUCCGUACCCAUUGUGCAAUCCGACAGAGAUCUACUUAAUGGAGAUGCGAAUGCCUUACACACCAUCUACAAGAUGUUCCUUAGAUCCAAAUCGGUUCACGUGAUACGUGCCAUAGAACCCACCCUGAAAGUAAGUUUUCGUCUAGACGAGUGCCACAGACUACCGACGAGCAAUACUGCCCGCAAUGGUUGCACCUUAACGAAAAGCCUGGGGACAAGGUCACAGCUCUCUGCUCUACUACUCGAGAGAGAGCGCAACGAAUCAAAGAAUCUAUGACAUCAAUUUUUAGUAAGAAACCCGAGAUUAUUUUUUUUGGAUGCAUUUAUUUUGUCAUUGUACUGUUUCGAUUGCUCAAAACGGACCGAAGUCGACCCUCCUCACAAAAAUAUUUUUUAAUAUAUAAGUGAAUAUCGACUAUUUAUUGUACUCAAUCUGUCAAUUGUGUUUUCUAAGUGCAGCUUCAAAUUUUGUAUUUUUUACAUGUUGAUUUUGUUUUUUUAAAUCUAAAUAUUAACAAAUGUUGAUAAUUCUGGAUCUGCAAUUUUGAAUUUUCAUGAAACUAACGAAAAAAGUAGAGAGAUCUUUUAAUUAAGAGGUGAUACGGAGUAAGAAAUCUCACGACGCUGUCUUCCAGCAUCCCACUAAACUCUAGUAUUCUUACAAUUUUAAUAAAUGGAAUCUGCACAUUGCUACAAAAGUUCGAACCGCUCACAGAGGAACGACAAUUUUAUUUUGUCAUUACUAAAAUUUGCCAAACCUUUUAUGUUUACUCCACACUAUUUAUGAAAGUUCCUGUAAAUAUUGCCAUAUUGGAAUCUCAAGCUGCAUAAGUUAGGAAUCGUUGCAUUUUAUCCGAGAGCAAGACGACAAAUUUUAUGCAAGACACUACUUAAGAUCUUCGACAGAUUUUAUCGUCGCCUUAAUGUCGAAUCUCAAAACUCGUCUGUGAUCCCGAGAGCGACAAAUUGUCAAAGUUGCCAAAGUUUACAUACAGAUUUCUAAAUUUUUAUCUUCGUGAGGAAACGGAUAAAGGACUGUAAAUUUCGAGAGGAUAAAUUGUACAGUUGUAAAGUUUGUAUAAUAAAAUUUGGCAAAGUUUUUG